GGGCGUGAGAUUAUCAAAGCCUCCGAGCCAGACACCGCAGCCGAUUUUCCCCACUCUGGCCUUGCGAGUCGCGACCGAGCUCCGUCCAUGAAGGAAUCCCGUCUCUAAACCCUAAGCCCUAGCCUGGGGCUUCCGCCUCGCACGUCGAUCCCAUCCAAGUCGAAGAAAGCGAGGGCGGGGGAGCCAUGGCUUCCCUUCCGCGCUUGGCUCUCCUCUUGAUCUCCUCUUAUCUGCUCUUCUUCCGGGCGGAUUCGGCGCCGCAAGCCUUCCGGCGCGAUCCCGGCCAUCCUCACUGGCACCAUGGCGCCUUCCACGACGUUGAGGACAGCGUCCGCGCCGACGUCCGCCGGAUGCUCCAUACCCGCGCCGAGGUUCCUUUUCAGGUUCCUCUUGAGGUGAAUAUAAUUCUUGUUGGCUUCAAUGGUGAUGGAGGCUACAGAUACAUGCUGGAUGCACACAAGCUUGAGGAUUUCUUGAAAAGCAGUUUCCCAACACAUCGGCCCUCAUGCCUCGAGACAGGCGAACCAAUUGAUAUCGAGCAUCAUAUUAUAUAUAAUGCGAUCCUUGCUGGGCAACCAGAAUUAAUUGCUCUUGAGAAGGCACUAAAAGAUGCAAUGGUUCCUGCAGGGACCGCCAGAGAGAGUGAAUAUGGAAGGCAGCUUCCUCUUUUUGAGGUAGAAGCAACUGUAGUGGAGCCAAUAUUCCAGCAGUUAUACUCGUUUAUAUUUGAUUUACAAAGUGGUGGUUAUUCUGCAACUGAGAUGGACAGACCUGUACCUUUUGCAAUAUUUAUUGUGAAUUUUGAUAAGGUCAGAAUGGACCCUAGGAACAAGGAGACUGAUCUUGACAGCUUAAUGUACAGUAGAAUUGGUGGACUGACGGAGGAACAACUGAAAAAGCAAGAGGGAGACUAUAUUUACCGUUAUCGUUACAAUGGAGGAGGAGCAUCUCAAGUUUGGCUGAGUUCUGGGAGGUUUGAAACUGUUGAUUUGACAACAAGGUUGCUAAUACCAAUAAUUGUCCUGCAAAACCAUAAUAGAUACAACAUCCUUCAAGCUGGCCAUAAUUAUAGCAUAGAUAUUCAAGCAAUUGAGAGAGAGGUGAAAAAGAUGACCCAUGCUGGACAGGAAGUAAUACUUAUUGGAGGUUCACAUGCAUUGCAUCGCCAUGAAAAGUUGGCUAUUGCUGUUUCGAAAGCAAUGAGAGGUCAUUCUCUUCAGGAAACCACAAAGGAUGGACGGUUUCAUGUCCAUACCAGAACAUAUUUGGAUGGUUCCAUUCUUAAAGAGGAGAUGGAGCGUUCUGCUGAUGUGCUUGCUGCUGGUAUACUAGAAGUUUCAGAUCCCUCUCUCUCAAGUAAAUUUUUCCUCCGUCAGCAUUGGAUGGACGAAUCAGGUAGUUCACAAGAUUCCAUUAUCAAGCACAAACCAAUAUGGGAAAGUUAUAUGCCUAAACAAGCCAAAGAUAAGAAACGAAGCGAAAAGAAGAGACAGGGAAAUCUGCACAAAACCUAUGGAACCAGAGUGAUUCCUGUCUUUGUACUAUCAUUGGCUGGUGUGGAUGCUGACCUUCUUAUGGAAGAUGAAAGUCUUGUUUGGACAAGUAAGGAUGUUGUCAUUGUCCUUCAGCAUGAAAAUGAAAAGAUACCUCUAAGCUAUGUCUCAGAAACCAACAGACAAUUUGCCUUUCCAUCCCUGGCACAGCGUCACAUAUUGGCAGGAUUGGCUUCCACAGUAGGAGGUCUGAGUGCACCUUAUGAAAGGGCAUCACAUAUACAUGAAAGGCCUGUCCUGAGCUGGCUUUGGGCUGCAGGCUGUCAUCCAUUUGGGCCAUUCUCCAAUUCAUCUCAAGUCAGUCAAAUGCUUCAGGAUGUUGCAUUGAGAAGCACAAUAUAUGCACAGGUUGAUUCUGCUCUUCACAAGAUUCGGGAAACAUCAGAGGUUGUGCAGUCCUUUGCUGCUGAACACCUUAAAACGCCUCUUGGUGAGCCUGUGAAAGGCAAGAAGAAGAAGUCAAGCACCGAGCUGUGGGUCGAAAAGUUCUAUAAGAAAGUAACCAACUUACCAGAGCCUUUCCCACAUGAGCUUGUCGAACGGUUGGAGCAGUACUUAGAUAAACUGGAGGAACAACUUGUGGAUCUGUCUUCGCUUCUAUAUGACCAUCAGCUAGAGGAUGCAUACCAAAACAGUUCUGACAUACUUCAAAGCACAAUAUUUACGCAGCGGUAUGUAGAGAGUGUUUUGUUGACUGAGAAGGAAAAAAUGAUGUGCUGCAGCAUUGAGUAUAGCCAUCCCAGACAGUCGUCACAGGCCUUUGUCUAUGGAGGGAUCCUUCUAGCUGGAUUUUUUGUAUACUUCAUUGUUAUAUUUUUUUCUUCACCAGUCCGCUGAAAGAAACAUAUACCUGAAGAGUAGAGGCUUGUAAUGCUGGAUUUUUGUUAGUUAGAUAUGAUGGAAGUUUGUAAUGCAGAUCUCUUUCUAACUAAACGAUUUGCUUGUUAUCUGGAACACUACUACACUCCUGGAAACUGAAAAGGCACUUGGAAUACACUGAAAAUUGUGGUGUGAAGCAAUAGAAUGCAGUUUUGAAA